AUGGGCAACUCGCUGGGGUGCUCGGCCUCCGGCGAGCGGCUCGUGUCGGCGGCGCGCGACGGGGACGCCAUCGAGGCGCGGAUGCUGCUGGAGCUCAGCCCGGCGCUCGCGCGCUACUCCACCUUCGGCGGCCUCAACACCCCGCUCCACUUCGCAGCCGCCAAGGGCCACCUCGACAUUGUCACGAUGCUGCUGGAGAAAGGUGCUGACGUUAACGCGCGCAACUACUGCGGCCAGACUGCAUUGAUGCACGCAUGUCGGCAUGGGCACUGGGAGGUGGUUCAGAUGCUUCUUCUCUUCAGAUGCAAUGUUACCAGGGCAGAUUACUUGAAUGGCCGAACGGCAUUGCAUUUUGCCGCACAUGAUGGAUUUGUACGGUGUGUAAGGCUUUUGCUUGCAGAUUUUGUCCCUAGUGUGGCCUUGGAGGAUAUUGCCACUUCGGUAGUGGAUGGUGAUUGUCAGACAAAUAGCGGGAGCAGUCCCAAUUCUUCAUUGGGGCAGAAGUUUAAUGAACCUGCUCGUGUGAGGUACAUAAACAAGCCUGCUGAUGGUGGUGUAACAGCACUUCACAUGGCGGCAGUGAACGGUCACUUAGAUUGCAUGCAGUUGUUGAUUGACUUGGGUGCUAAUGUCUCAGCCGUCACAUUCCCCUAUGGCACUACUGCAAAUUUGAUAGGAGCUGGCAGUACGCCGUUACAUUAUGCAGCCGGUGGGGGGAAGCUGGAGUGCUGUGAGCUAUUAAUAUCAAAGGGUGCUAGCAGGUUGACACUCAACUGUAAUGGGUGGCUUCCCAUGGAUGUUGCUAGGAUAUUUGGACGGCGCUCUUUGGAGCCAUUACUUUCUCCAAAUUCACACUCGAGUGUCCCUGUAUUUCAACCGUCCAGUUAUCUUGCCUUGCCACUCAUGAGCAUACUUAAUAUAGCCAGAGAAUUUGGGUUGCAGUACAGCGUACCCUCAGUGGAUGAUAGUGAUCUCUGUUCAGUUUGUCUGGAAAGGUCUUGUUCUGUUGCUGCUGAAGGUUGCAGUCAUGAGUUCUGCAUCAAAUGUGCUCUCUACCUUUGCUCAACCAGCAACAUCCGUGUCGAGUUCACAGGUCCACCUGGAUCGAUCCCAUGCCCCCUCUGUCGGAAUGGAAUAAUGUCAUUCAAUAAGUUGCCAAGCACACCAACGGAAGGGCUUAAAUCAAGUUCAGCCCUCACAUUCUGUAACCCAUGCAUACUAAACACCAGAUCUAUGGACUCGCCAGCCACUGUCUCCAGAGCCGAAAUCAGGCGCAACCGGGUGGCAGCUGUCUCUUCGGAGCUAGUCUGUCCAAUCACCUGCAGCCCAUUCCCGUCGUCCGCCCUCCCAACCUGCAGGUGCAGCGAUGAUGAUCCAUGUGGUGCUACAGAGGCACAGGAUGGUUCUGAGGUCCAAUCUCCACGGCCCUCCCACAGCGCAAGUAUGGAGCUGGAUAAGAGGGGAGAGGAUCUCGACCGGACCAGCUGCUCUGGCAUGUUCUGGAGUCGAAGAAGCUGUCACAGGGAGCAGCAGUGUGAUGCAGAGAUCAACGCAUGAUUCUUUAUUUCUGGUUGUGAAUAUAUUUGGAUUCGUAGCAGCUCAAUGCGGGAGACGAGCACUGGCUAUUUUUCCUCCCCAGCUGUGUUCCUUCCUUUCCUAUUUGCAGCCAAACAUUUUCUUGAUUGGUGAGAUCCAGCAGCCUUUGCCGCCGUAGUGUGUGUACUGUAUUGUAACAAUUUUGUUACAAGUGGUCAUGUGCCUGUGAAUCUAGAUAGCUUCAAUGUUGCUAGUCAGUUACUGUUCUAUCUAGCUGUAUGUAAAUUACAGAACAUGGAUGAAAUUAUUUUUCUGAUUAAGAUGAUGAUAAAUAUUUA